GCUGCUCUGUUAGUCUCUCCCGUGGAUCCUGGACUGUAUCUGCAGCUCGGACAUGUCGUCCACCCCCCCCCGGUGGAUCUCCACCUGCCACGAGAUGUACCACUCUGACCAUGGCGUCGAUUUCCCCGACCUCACCUUCCACAUCCCUGGCAGAGCUGCUGAGCUGGGCCCAACAAACUAAGUGUGAACACAACCAUCAACACAUCACAUUCCUACCUUCCCCUCCUUUAGCUGCUGCAGCUCCACUCCACCCCCUCCUUCCUCUUGAAUGAUGGACAGCCCUCCUAAACUGUCUGGCGAGACCCUGAUUGUGCAUCACAUUCCCCUGGUGCACUGUCAGGUGUCAGGUGGGCGACAGGGCGGCUGCGGGAGCUCGCUCAAGAGGAGCAAGGCCUUCACCCUGCCUGAGAACAUCGGUCUGAGUCGCACCACUUCCCUUCCCGAGAGGGACAUCCUCCAGAGGGAUGCUCUGCUCUACAGCAGCCUGAUCCAGACCUCCAGAGGCUCCUGCUCCUCCCACAACGGAGGAAGAGAGAGGAAGGGUGGCGGGAAAGGAGGCAGCACGGCGAGUGAUGAUUCAUCGUUCACUUCGAGUAAUUCAGAGGACCAGCUGAUCACAGCUCACACUUUGCCGAGGGCGAAAGCGAGGAACAGGAAUCCGUUUCGUCAUAAUCCGUUCUUGCUGAAUACCGAAAAUGACAAUGACGAAGAGGAGGAGGAUGAUGGUGACAACCUCAGCGGUUACCUUGAGGACUCGUCCUUCCACCUCCACAGCGACACCAACUCUGCCCUCGAUGUUGGAAUCGCAUCUUUCCGCCUGCACGACCUCGGCUUCGCUUCCGAGCCCUUCCUCCUGCACAGCUCGGUGGGAGGAAGCAGACGCGAGUCCCUGAGGGCCGCCGCUUCAGAUCUGUCCAACCACCUGGAAGACCUGAACAUCUUAGGUCUGGACAGCCAGCGGCGCCUCGGGAGCAGCGGUUCCAACAUGUCCAUGGAUUGCGGAGAGCAAGACUGGGGCGAUGAUGAAGAAGACGAAGAUCAUCCCAUGCGCUGCGGCCGAAGCAGUAAGACCGGUUCGUACUCGUCCAGCUCCUCGGCCCAUCACUGCUCCUGCUGUGUAAUGUCUCAGAACUACCCUCAACACUUCCCUGAAACCUUCUCUGAGCCGUUCGCAGCGUGUCAGCAAGGCUACGGCAGCGACUCGUCCUGCAACAGCUCGGACGGCGUGCUGGUCAACUUCAGCGCCAUUUACAACAAGAUGAACAACGGCAUACCGGAGAAGCCACCGGCCCCGGGACUCACCAACCUCAACAGCUCCACUGACCACUCCGGAACCACGUCGGUUUCUGACCCAGCAGGACACCAGCGAGACUCCAGUGGAGGGGCUUUCUAUUUAGACCUCCACAGCUCCCCGACCGAACCCCCCCGGUCACAGCAACAACCCUCUUGUCUCGGCAACACCUUCCCUCUCAUCCGGGAACCACACCUGUCCACCUCCUCCACCUGCUCUUGCUCUGUGGAGCACCAGGGGGCGCUCGACCUCGACGCCAACUGCAACUCCUACCACCCGCCGCAUUCUGGCUCGUCCGGAGACAUUGCAUCCUGUCUGCAGAGCCAGGCCCGUCUGGUGGUCGCCACCCAGAACUACUACAAGCUGGUGACCUGUGACCUUUCAUCGCAGUCGUCGCCGAGUCCCGUGGGCUCGUCGGUCAACAGCUGCUCCGACGAGCACAGCAAAGGAAGCCCCACCCCGACUCAGCCCAGCGAGUACUUCCUGUUCAGACAGCAAGCUGAGCAGGACGGCGUGGAAGAGGAAGAGGAGGAGGAAGGAGAGUCGUCGAAGGAAGAUGAUAAUGACGACGACGAUGAGGAGGAGGAUGAGGAAGAGACGAAGAAUCACCAGGCGGAUGUUGGGGCUGAAGCUGCUCCCGUUGUAAUGGAGGGCCAGGUGUACGUGAACACCUCCCCUCCUGUGAUUGGUCGAGCCCUCAUCGGAAGCGGAGCCUCUUCGGGAAAUCGUCCCCGUUCGCGCAGCUACGACCGAAACCUGGACAAGUCUCCGCCUCCUCGGCUCGGGUCUCUGGAGCGGAUGUUGAGCUGUCCCGUCCGGCUCAGUGAUGUCGCCGCCCCGACCCCGCCUCCACCUCCGCGCGUCACCUCCUUCGCAGAGAUCGCCAGAAGUAAAAGAAGAAACGGAGCUACGGGGGGGUCGCCGCCCAUGAAGGCAGCCGCGGACCUUUUCUCCUCCGCUUACUCCACCCACUCGCACUCCUCAGUGGACUUCUCUCCAAUCCUGGAGCAGCGUGCGGAGGCCGACAGUCAGAGCAUGUCGCCGGCGCCCUUCACCAGAUGUUACAGCCAUGGCAGCAUAGAGCGCCACCUGGAGGGCGCCAGGGAGACGCGAGCCACAGCUGAAGGGGGCCUCUCCAGCUCCUCAGACACUCAGCCAGCGGUGGUCCGGUACACCCUGGACCAGCGGCCCACCUCCCUCCCCAUCCAGCCCUUCACCUUCCACCACCAGUUUGCCUCUAAGCCCCCCCCGCCCAAGCCCGUGCUGCCCCUGCUCACCGGUUACGUCUCGGGGAUGCAGGCCCGCUCCAGUUCUGGAUCCGGCUCUGGUUCUGGUUCUGGUUCUGGUGGUGCGGUGGGGGAGGAUGAAGCUGAAAAUGUGCACAGUUACCAGGGGGCUCUGGCCGGGGAAGCCCCUCCCCCUGGAUCGGUUCGUCCCUCGCCUCUCGGGAGCUACUCCCCGGUCCGCCUCCAGGGGGCGCCCAGCUCCGGGACCUGCUCCACCUGUAGCCCCACCCCCCAGCCGCCCCACAGCCCCUCCUGCCCGCUGUCGGCCGGCUUCAGCCCCCGGCACUCCCCGAACCAGGGGGGGGGUUCAGCACCGUCGCCGUCGACCCCCCCGCCUCCGUCGCUGGGCGUGAAGAGGGGGGCGCAGGGACACUGCUUCCACCGCGGAGCUCCGCCCACUUUACCAGCGCUGACCAGUGACACGCUGAGUCCACUGGGAUCCGUGGAGUCUGGGAAACACGGCGAGGGAAGCAAAGGCUCCGGAGCCAGGCCACAGCAUGUCGGCCAAUCAGCUAAGCUGCAGCAGAGCUACACCGACUUCCUGCCGGAUUAUUUCUCCAUGACCGAGAAGCCGCCGGAGGAGUUCUGCCUCUCGCCCGACGCCUCCUCUUCAUCGUCCUCCCGCUCUUCCUCACAGACCCACAUCACUGUGGACCUGUCGCUGAAGAGAGCUUUGGUGAAAGCCGUGAACACAGCAGUGGAUCUGAUUGUGGCUCAUUUCGGAACCAGCCGAGAUCCAGACGUGAAGGCGAAGCUGGGGAACAGCUGGGUGAGUCCCAACGUGGGGCACCUGAUCCUGAAGUACCUGUGCCCGGCCCUGCAGGACGUGCUGCAGGACGGCCUGAAGGCCUACGUGCUGGACCUGAUCAUCGGCCAGCGGCGCUGUCAGCCCUGGAGCCUGGUGGAGGCCUCCACUCAGCUGGGCCCGUCCACUCGCGUCCUCCACAGCUUGUUCUCGAAGGUCAGCCAGUUCUCCGAGCUCAGCAGCCACAGCAUGAGGAUGAACUCCUUCAUCUUCGGUCUGCUCAACCUGAAGUCUUUGGAGUUCUGGUUCAAUCACCUCUACACACAUGAAGAUAUCAUAGCGGCUCACUACAGCCCGUGGGGACUCCUCCCCCUGGCGCAGGGCGCCUGCCAGCCGCUCUUCGAGGAGCUGCUCCUCCUGCUGCAGCCGCUGUCGCUGCUCCCCUUCCACCUGGACCUCCUGUUCGAGCCGCACCUCCUCCAGAAGGGCCAGGAGCACCUGCGGCGCAAGGAGCAGCUGUGCUCUGCGGGUCAGAGCGUGGACCAGUCGGCUCGCUCCACCUUCCAGCUCAUGAGAGGGUGGAGCACCACCGUGAGCGAGAUGGUCCGAGACUCGAGCGGCGAGCUGAAGAAGGAGAGGGGGGUGCUGAGGCGGGAGGGAACGUGGCCGAGGAUGGAAGGAGCCAAGUCCAGAAGGGAGGCGUGGGGGUUCAGGAAGGAGGGGGGGGCGACGGAGAGCACGACAGCCGGACCUGUGAGCAGACAGUCGAGCAUGGAGGUCGGGUUCUCCAAUCUGUGGAAGGAGAGGGGGAUGAGUGAGGAGAGGGUGACGGGUGUGGGCCAGGAGAGAGAGGGAGAAGGGGAGGACGGACCAGAGAAGGACGAGAGGAAGAGUAGAGAGAGGGAUCCAGCGGAGGAGGGGCGUCAGUGGCAGGACCGACAGGCCGGCUGGUGGUACCAGCUCAUGCAGUCCUCCCAGGUCUACAUCGACCAGUCCACCGAGAAGACCAAGUUCGUGAAGACCGAGAAGAGGAAGAGGUCGUCGGAGAGACGCCAGGCCCGGCUCCCGCCCACCAGGGAGGGCGUGGUGGAGGGGGCGGAGUCAAGCCAGGAAGGGGAGGGCGGCAGGAGCAGGAAGAGCAACAGCAGCUCCAGCGAGGAGUCGGGCGGAUCCCGAGGGGGGAGACCCUCGUGGAUGGGAAGCCCCCCGGAGUCUGUUCUCAACCAGGAGAAGGAGACGAAGUCUGUGGAGGUCCCGGGCCCCGGGGUCCCGGCUGCAGCUCGGGUGGAGAGCCCCCCCCAGGGGCAGGGCCUGCGUUGGGGGAGGCUCUUCGGAGCGAGUCUGGGUUCUCCGUCCAGAGCGGAGGCAGCUGAGCAGAGGCCGAGGAGUCAGAGGAGCAGACCUCCGUCGGGUUGGCUCAGUCUGGACCUGUCCGUCCUCGACCUCGUGGCCCAGACGAUCGGAGCCGGAGGCAGCGGGAAGAAGGCGGAGCCUCAGACUCCUCCCGCCCAGAACGUACACCCCCCACCGAGGUCGACUCGAGCACCUGAAGCCAAACGACAGCCUCUGUGUGAAGUCCGAGCUCUGUGCCACCACAUCGCCACCGAGCCCGGCCAGCUGAGCUUCAACAAGGGCGACGUCCUGCUGGUCCUGAGCAAAGCGGAUCCCGACUGGCUGCUCUGCUCCCUGGGCUCCACCCGGGGGCUGGUUCCCAUCGUCUACGUCACCCUGAACUCCAACAGCAUGGACGACAGCCAGGACGCCGCUGGCCUCUGCUGAGCCGCAGCCGAGGACGGAACAAACCAAGAGACGAAAGGCAAACACCUCCGGACACACGGGAAAACUGAAAAUAAACCUAUGACGAUUGUUCAAACGUUGUACAGACAUAUGCAAGGGAAGCAUGCAGCCUCAAACACGGACUCACGUCGACUCCGAGGCUUCAUCCGAGACUCGUACGCAUGCAAACAUCCAAACAACCAAAAGACCCGAUCAACAAACCGAACCCAAAGACUCUGGAAGACGCUCUCCUCUCUCUCAGCAGUGACACAAGUUUAAAAACCCGUGUGAACAGCAUCCAUCUUUACUUCCAACUUAACAAGGAGGGCCGACACUCGUAUGAUAUAUAUAUAUAUAUAUAUGCUCUGCACCACUCCUAGCUGCACUUUGCCGUUCCGUCUUUACUUUCACCGGCUGUGCCGCUCUCCCAACACAGUUUGGUUUGAUUUCCCGUCGCUUGCUUUCGCGCCGACUGACGACUUUAAUUCACGUAGAAUCGGCGAAUCCUUAUUCUUUAACUUUUUCAGGAGAAGAUUGAAGGUGGUUGAUGUAAAAGCAAAACUUGUUCCACAUCUGCAGACGUGCAAGUUAUUGUAAUUAUGAUUAUAUCAGAGGAUGAAACCUCGCUGCAGUGCUUUUAGACGCCUGAUUAACUCGAGGGAAAGAGUUUUUUUAUUCCCCAUCUGUCGUCCCUGAUCACUGCUCCUGUUUCUUUGGAGAAGAAGCGAUGGAUGUUUCUUCUUCCUCUCUGCUCAUAGCCGGGUUGAGCAAAUGGCUGAUGUGGUUUCGGUGCAUUUAAACUCUCUAUCUCCCCCUGAAAUCUGAUCUCUAAUCUAAUCUGAAAACACGAUCGAGCAAAAUGCUUCAGUGCAGUUUGAUCAGUCGGCCUUUUUUUGUAAAUGCAAAGAGGCAAGUAUCUAAAUGGACAGAAAACAAGGGGAAGACGGAGCGGAGAUGUCUUUGCACGUCACCCAAGGAUGUUGUGUUUUCUCCCGUCUGUUCAACUACUGAACACGUUUCCUUGAAACUUGCUGGAAGGAUGGAACGAGAAAGAACUAAAUUUAGGGGCCGUUCCAGGAUUUUUCUUUAACUUCCUUUAACAUUGAAAAGUGUUUUUUGGUCCUUUUCAUCAAGUCCCGAGCAAUUACAGCAAGAGUUGUUAAUCCUGGAAAAGCUGGCAAGGAAUAAUCAGUUGAAAUUAUCAGUUAGUGACGGGUACACCAGCCGAUCAUUUCACGGAACUCUCCUGAGUGUGAUUCUGAUUUUUGCUAAUUCCUUUUGCAUUUAGAAAAAUGGGGUCGAUGAUCUUAUUUAUGCCUUAAAGCGCUUGAGGCCCAAACACUCGUCUUGACAUUACAGUUUGUUUUAUGCAUACAUCUAAGUGGAUGUUUACUCUGGACUUCAGAGUGUAGUGGAGAAUCAGAGGUGUAUUCUGUGGUGAUAUAUCUUUUGACGUCUAAAGGGAAACCCGUCCCGUGCUGGGACGUACACGGUGUAAAAUGUGGCCUUAGGUUCCUAAUGAGUUGACCGUAAAGUACAACUUAAGGCAAUAGAGUGUAAACAGACGCCCGGUCCAAACAUAUUACACAUUAGAAACAGGUGAAAUCAAUGUACAUUUAUUAAAUAAAUGAAUGCUUGUGUAGUUUUUGAAAAACUUACAUGGGAUAUAAUUCUUCCAGUUUUUUUUUAAUUUUUAUUUUCCUUUUGGUUGCAUUAUUGUACAGUUUUUAUUUUUAUCUAUAAUUUCCCUUUUUUUUAAACAUUGAAUUUCACCAAAAUGAUUUUAAUAUUUAAUUCUUGCUGAAGUGUAAAUAUAUUUAAACCCUUCAGUGGUUAAUUUCUGCCAUAGAUCUAUAUGUGUAAAUGUUAUUAAUGCAUUUUCUGUUUCAUACAGGAAGCGAGUAUAAGCUUUAGUUUCAGUGCUAACAACCUGCGGACUGGAAAUAAGGAGUUGACACAGCUGGUGGUGAAAGAACCAAUCACAUCGUAGUGACGACACCAGAGAGACGAGAAGACAGAUUUGCUUUUUGAUUUGAGUCGUGAGUCGUCUGGUUUCUCUCGCUCUGUAAAUACCGUCAGCGACCCUGCUCUUCUCUCUCUGUCCAGGAUAUAGGAUGUGUACGACCUUAUCAAACUACUGUGGAUGUUCAAUAACAAAGUGCUCACGUGAUCACAAA